UCAGUUCAUCGUUCGACAUGAUUACGAACAACUCUACACAUUUGUCUUUCUCGUAAAUGAGCAGUUCCGAUCAGAUAUAAGUCCUUUCACCAGGAAGGAAAAGGAAGGAUAAAGGCAGCAGUCAACGGGCAACUCCGAACUAAAUACUCCCAACAACCACGACUGUUCUGCCAAUUCGUACCGUCACGCAGACUGUCAAAGACACUCUCAUUUGCUACUAGAGCCGUUCCAUCACCACUACGAAGUCAGGUCACUCACCAUGUACCUCCGCGCUGCUCACGCAGAGCUGCACAUCCCCAGCCUACGCAGCUUCAUUCGCCAAAACCCUCUAGGCCUGCUGAUCACCGCUCUCCCAUCAUCAAACUUCCCGACAAUUCAGUGCACGCAUCUUCCCUGGCUACUCGAUAUCAACGACGAAUCCAGCGAGACUGAGCUCGGCAUACUCCGUGGCCACAUGGCCAAGCCCAAUCCGCACUGCAAAGCCAUGACUGAAGCCGUUCAAGGGUCCUGUCCUAUAACCGGAGGCCUCACACAGGAGGUCUCGGUCAUUUUCAACGGACCAGCACACCACUAUGUGACGCCGAAAUUUUACACAGAGACAAAGCCGAGCACCGGCAAAGUUGUGCCCACGUGGAAUUACUCCGCCGUUCAAGCAUACGGGAUGGCGACGAUUCUUUAUGACUCCAACAACCCCGAAACUGGCGAAUUUCUCCAGAGACAGAUCAGUGACCUUUCCUAUCACGCUGAGACCAACAUCAUGGGGUAUACAGGGGGCGACAAGCUCAAGCCGUGGAGUGUCACGGAUGCUCCGGAACGAUACGUCGACCUGCUGAAGAAGAAUAUCAUUGGCAUUUCCAUUGAGGUUACCCGCUUAGAAGGCAAGUACAAAAUGAGCCAAGAGCUGGGAAAGGGGGAUCGGGAAGGCGUCAUCAAAGGCUUCCAGGCCUUGCAUACAGACGAGGGUAAUGUGAUCGCCACAACAGUAGAGGAGAGAGGCGCUUUGAAAGAGGCACAGACACGUGCUUGAAUGAGUCCAGGGCAUGGCGUGUCAGUCGACGCUUUUGCGAUCCUGUCUGCUCACAACGCUCAAUCACACAUCAUGCCUGGCGUUUUUGCUCAUAUGCCGGAUCUUGACACCAUACUAUGUCUUGAUAUAAGGGAGAGGCAUAAAGCAUACCGCAAUGCCUGCGAGCAGCGAGUUACCAGG